CAUGCGCACCUCGGGUCUUUCUGACUCUACCUGCGGUUGCGAGGUAGUGCGUGGUCGGAGGCGCGUUGGAUCGUUUCGGUGCCCCACAAUGCCCCGCGCUUGUGGCGCGCGCCGGUGGCUGUUCUGAGGCGCAAGAAGCAGCGAUCUGUGAGCAGUGGGUGGUUGUGAGGGGCCCCGGGACGCACCGUGCUAUGGCGGCCGCGCUGCUAGCCCGUGUUUUACCGAGUGUGUCCGGGCCGCGUUACCUUCUCAGAUAUAGUCAUAACUGCUUGGUGGAGAAGUGGUUCUCGAAAUGUAUUAGUUCAGAUAACCGUCCAAAGCUGCCUCUGACAGCCUACAUACGCUUUUGUAAAGACCACCAACCAAUUUAUAGGAAACAAAAUCCAGAUAUAAGUAUUUUGGACAUAACAAAAAAACUAGCACAUGCUUGGAGAGAGCUACCACCAUCUGACAGACAACCUUAUGAAACAGCUGCAACGCUUGAAAGGCAGGCUUACAAAGAACAAAUGGCCAAAUACAAAGCCCAGUUAACCCCUGCCCAGGAGGAAGUUUUGAAAGAAGAAAAGAGAAGAAAAGCUGCAAAAAGAAAAGCAGCAAGAAAAAAAAGGCAAUCAACAGUGCUUGGAAAACCUAAAAGAUCUCGAACUGCCUUCAAUAUUUUUGUGUCUGAACAUUUCCAAGAAGCUAAAGGAGUCUCAAUUCAGGGAAAGAUGAAAAAUCUAUUUGAAGAAUGGCAAAAAUUAGCUAGUUCUCAAAAGCAGAUGUACUAUCAGCUUGCUGAAGAUGAUAAGAUCCGGUAUGAAAAUGAAAUGAAGUCGUGGGAGGAGCAUAUGGCAGAAAUUGGCCAUGAAGAUCUUAUACGUUAUAAAAACAGAAGGAAAAUCUCAAAAGAAAAGAAAACUGUAAGAAAGGCAACUUCAAAAAAACGGUCCAUAACUUUAGAGAAGCCGUUGGGAAGCAAGAGGGCCUCAUCAGCACCCAAUGUGAAGAAAUCUGAAGAAUAAAAUAUUAAGUAAAUUAUAUUGUGUCAUUCCUGGGUGCAGUCAUUAAUGCAUUCAGAAAUUAAUGCAUUCAGAAAUUAUGUUUAGCUGAAAAGGAGGUGAGAUGAGAUUGUAUGCUUGAGAAAAAGAAACUCAGAAUGACGAGGUUUUAAAUUUCUGGAAACGAUCCAUUAGGAUAAAUCAAGCUGUGAGAAUUUAAGCGGUGAUAGAUCAUGAGAGAAGAGAUGCUUGUUUAAAUAUGUAAAUAAGCAUUCUUUUACAAAUUAAAACUGCUUUGUAUAAAAUCACCAUUUUUUGUUUAUUAGGAAGUGCUUUGGUUGUGGGCUUCAAAGAUAUUUCGCAUGUAAAUAAUGUGUAGCCACUGGAGAAAGCAUGUAUAUUUGCUAAUUUCAGUCUUGUAAUUAACAACUACUGAAUACAGAUUUUUGAAUUGCUUUUAUUUACAUUUUUGUACGUCUCU